AUGCGUGAUGAUUAUCACAGGACAGCCAUCGACAUGGCAUCCAAUCAAGGACAGAUUAUUGUCUCAGCUCACCUCUACAAUGCUGUCCAGCGAUCUGGGAAUCUACCAGAAGGCUGGCAGUGGACCGACAUGGACUGGCUCAUUGAGCGGCAAGGUAGCGAUUGGAUGUUCAUGGGCAAGCGACCGAAGCAAGGUUCCACUUUUGGAAAGCAUAUGAACCUCAUAUUGGGCUUCUCUGCUCAUAAGUUCACUGCGGAUUACAGGUCCCGCAACUCAGAAGCAGAGACAGAGUGCAACAUUGGCGGGGUCCGUCGCCUCGAGUAUCAUGCACGGCGCUGCGAGCUAGGUACAGAUAGGGAGCCACGACGCAAGAAGCCUGUGGGUGUGAGCAAAGCGAAGAAUGAUAUCCUUGUCAUGGUAGAGUGUCUAGUCAACGACUUUCAAGGCAAACCUGAUAAUACACGCAAACCGCUAUCCUCUCUCUCGAAACUCAGCAUCCUCAAGUUAGCGAUCGAGAGAGACGAGUCUGCUUUCGCAUUCGAUGUUAUGGAUCUAAACCUUAGAUGUAUCCGGCUACUACAGGAGAUCCAGAAAUACGCUCUUACUUUCGCGCCGCUCGACUAUCCCGUAUCCAAGUUCACUGGAGGGCUAUCAAUGAACGAUGUCAUCGGGGAUAUGCUCUACGAUCUGGGUGGGCACCCGCGACAUCAUGCCAGCAUCUUCCCAGUGGCAGCCGCCAUACUCCGCAAGUUCGUACAGAAGGAAGAUAACAAUGUUCUCAUGAAUUCCAUGGUGUGCCAAGAAGAGAUGAAGCUCAGUCCCAAAAAUUCCAAGGCUGAGGAUGAGCCUAGCUUCGAAAAUCCAUCCGAAGACACCAUGAAUCUAGAACUCCGCGGUAUAGCUGGUCGUAUCAUACUCCUAGAUGAAAACGGAGGUUUUCGAAUGCCUUUCGGCCCUCCAGUAUGA